AUGGAGGUUGUAGAUGAUGUGGUAGAAGGAAAUGCGGUUUUAGACCAAGUAGAUCCCGAGAACAGAGACCUAUUUAGAGAAAUUUUUCUCAAUGAAAAUUCGGACGAUGAAUUUGUCGGCUUUGAUGCCGAAGAUUUGGAAAAUGACGAAGGAACAGUCGAGUUUGAAGACAAGUGGAUUCAGGACGACCUCAUAGUACACGCUCCUGUCUUCCGAGGCGAGAAGAAAAUCAACGUGGAUUUAGACGAUGACUGUGAGAUGAUUGAUUUUUUUAAAUUGAUAGUAACAGAACAGUUUCUAGAAGAAGUUUUAGUGCAAGAAACAAACAAAUAUGCGGCAGAUUUCUUCAACUCGCCCCAAGGUAGGAACCUCAAGCCUCAAUCGCGUUUCCGGAAAUGGUCCGAUGUUGAUCUUGACAACAUGAAAAGAUUCAUAGCUAUUGUAAUAGGAAUGGGCCUAGUACAACAUCAGGACUUACAAGAUUAUUGGAGUACAGAUGAAAUGUUGAGGACACCAUUCUUCGGAAACACCAUGACCAAGAACAGAUUUCUCAUGAUCAUGUCCUUAUUCCAUCUAAACAACAACGACAAUCAUGUGCCUCGUGGUCAAGAUGGACAUGAUCCAAUUUUUAAAGUCAGGAGGGCUUAUGAUCAUUUUCGACUGAAAUUUGAAGACCUUUAUUCGCCAGGGGAAAAUAUUGCAAUUGAUGAAGGGAUGAUUGCUUGGAGAGGCAAUUAUUCCUUCCGUGUCUACAUGCCGGACAAACCUGACAAGUUUGGAGUCAAACUAUUUAUGCUGUGUGACUCAUCAAAUGGAUACUGUUCUCGUUUUGAGAUGUAUCAUGGUACCCAGGAAAAUGUGUCAAACAAAGGAAAAAUAUAUGACCUGGUGAUGAGACUUAUGAAUCCCUAUCUAGGAAAAGGCCAUAAACUUUACGUAGAUAACUUCUACACAUCACCUAUUCUUUUUCACGACUUAUUUCAGCGCCGGACAGGAGCCUGCGGAACCAUGCGUGUCAACAGAAAGGGGGUCCCUGCAGAUCUAAAAACAGUUAAACUCAAGAAGGGUGAAAGUGUGGCCAUGACAAAUUGGACCCUUCAACUGCUAAAUUGCAAGAGGGAUGUACACAUGUGUACCACAGUGCACAAUGCAGAGUUCAUCAACGUUCCUGGCAGAGUAGACAGAACCACAGGACAGCCAAUUCAACACCCCCGCUGCAUCGUGGAUUACGAUAAAUACAUGGGAGCAGUUGACAGAUGUGACCAAAUAAUCGCAUAUCCGGCUUUCAAACGAAGAACCUUGAAGUGGUGGAUAAAAGGUGAGACCACCCCUCAACCCACUGUAGUCCGUGGAGCUGCCAAUCCCAGAGACGUUGAGCGUUUAACUGGCCGUCACUUCCUAUCAAAGAUCGCGCAAAAGGAGGGACAGAAGUCAAAACCUCUUAGGACUUGUCCUGUAUGUUCUACAACCACAGGAAAGCGAAAAACUGUGGGAGAUGGGAGAAAAACUGUAAGAUCGACAUAUGAAUGCAAGGUUUGUGACUUUGGACUUUGUGUACAUCCUUGCUUCAUGCUUAACCACACAAAAAAGGACUAUAAACAGGCCCACCAGCGUCUACAGGACCAAAAUGAGACAGUAGUGACUCAGACUAAAUUGAACAUUCUUUGA